AUGCUUAAAUGUUCCCAACCGCACGCCUAUGCUUCCGUUUUGGUGUGUAGUGGGGAUUUAAUUUGUUAUUAAAAUAUGAGAAAUUACUAAUUGAUUUGAAGAAUAUGAAUUAUUAUAAAAAAUAAUGCGUAAAUAGGUUCAGAUUUUUGUCAAAUCACUUUAGCCGGUAUAAAAAUAAAUAGCAGUUGGUACUCCGGUGCCUGAGGUUGUCAUUAUUAUUGUGGUGGAUUGAUAUAUGCAAGUGAAUAAUAAAAAUUUCCAAAUUUUUCAUUAUUAGUGAUAUUAUAGAACAACACAUAGAGUAAAUUAUUUACAAUUUCCGUACUCUAACCUAAAAGAACUAGAUGAAAUGCUCAUAUAAAUCCAGUCGUAUAAUUAAAAACUGUUUUAUUUAACAUCAUUUCGUUGAAAGACUUCGCAGAUACGUUGACCGGGUAGUUGAAGAAGCUGUAGAGAUGGCUAGUGUCUCUUACCAGAUUGCCAAUCUUCUUGAGAAGAUGCAAUCAUCUGACAAAGAUUUUCGAUUUAUGGCUACAAACGAUUUAAUGGCUGAAUUACAGAAAGACAGUAUCAAAUUAGAUGAUGAUUCGGAACGUAAGGUUGUAAGAAUGUUGUUAAAACUACUUGAAGAUAAAAACGGUGAAGUACAAAACUUGGCUGUUAAAUGUCUGGGGCCUUUAGUUAACAAAGUUAAGGAAUUUCAAGUUGAGACCAUUGUUGAAGCCUUGUGCACCAACAUGGUCUCUGAUAAGGAACAGUUGAGAGAUAUUUCUAGUAUUGGGCUUAAAACGGUGAUUGCUGAACUGCCACAGGCACCAGGGGGACUAUCAGGGAACAUCUGCAAAAGAAUUACUGGCCGUUUAACAACUGCCAUAGAAAGACAAGAUGAUGUGUCUGUCCAAUUGGAAGCUCUCGAUAUUGUCACUGAUUUGUUAUAUCGCUUUGGCAACGUUUUGCAAUCAUACCACACCUCUAUAUUAAAUGCCCUCUUACCUCAGUUAUGUUCGCAACGGCAAGCAGUCCGCAAACGUACGAUUGCAGCUUGCAGUAACUUAGUUCUGUCAUGUAACAAUGCAUUGUACAAUAAACUGAUUGAACAUCUGUACAACGGGAUGAGAACUGAUAACAAAAAUUCUCAAAUUCGCACUUACGUGCAAUGCAUUGCAGCUGUGUGCCGACAAUCGGGUCACAAAUUUGGCGAACAUAUUGAGAAGUUUGUUCCAUUAAUUCAAAUGUGGAGCGCUGUGGAUGAUGACGAGACCAGAGAGUUUUGUUUACAAGCAUUUGAGAGUUUUAUCAAUCGUUGUCCUAAAGAAAUCACUCCGAAAAUCAGCGCUAUUACGGAUCUGUGUCUAAAUUACAUGACUCAUGACCCGAAUUACAACUACGACGAAGAUGGAGAUGAUCGAGCCAUGGGGGCUUACGAUGACGAAGAGGAAGAAGAAAAUGAUGAGUAUAGCGAUGACGAUGACAUGAGUUGGAAAGUCAGACGAGCAGCUGCGAAGUGUUUGGAGUCCAUCAUCUGCACUCGCCAUGAAUUAUUAUCUGAAUUUUACAAGGUUUUGUCGCCAGUUUUAAUCUCCAGAUUUAAAGAGCGCGAAGAGAACGUGAAAUCAGAUAUUUUCCGUGCUUACAUCGCUCUAUUAAGACAAACAAAAUCGACUGUUAACGUAAAUAUCGACCCGAAUUCGAUGGAGCAAGAAGAAAUGCCCAUUUACCUGCUCCAACAGCAAGUUCCAAUGAUUGUAAAAGGGGUGCAAUCCCAAAUGAAGGAAAAAAGCACAAAGACACGCCAAGACUGCUUCCAGCUACUAAAAGAAUUAUGCCAUGUCUUACCGGGAGCUUUAACGCACCACAUUGGUGAUUUGAUUCCUGGUAUACUAUUUUCACUGAGUGAAAAAAAUGGAAGCAGUAAUAUGAAAAUUGACGGGUUAUCAUUUCUUUUGUGUCUUUUGGCAUCACAUCCUCCUGAGGUUUUUCAUCCUCAUAUUAAUAUCCUUCUCCCACACAUCAUAGCUAACGUUGGUGAUAACUUUUAUAAAAUCACUGCUGAGGCUUUGAACGUUCUUAAAGAGUUGGUCAAGGUUAUUCGGCCUUUAGACCGCGAAUCGAACUUUGAUUUUACACCGUUUGUGAAAGAAAUCUACUUCUGCACUUUAUCGCGUUUGAAAACUUCCGACUUGGAUCAAGAAGUUAAAGAGAAAGCUAUUUCGACGAUGGGCCAAAUCGUUUGUAAUUUGGGUGAUCAUCUAGGGAUUGAAUUGCCCUUCUGUCUUCCUUUGUUCCUUGAUAGAUUGCGUAAUGAAAUUACAAGGUUGACUACAGUCAAAGCAUUGACCAAAAUUGCGGGAUCUCCAUUGGGCAUCGAAUUACCGAUUUUGGACGAAGCUGUGCCAGUUUUGGGUCUUUUCUUGCGAAAAAAUCAGCGGGCUUUAAAAUUAAGUACUUUGCAACUAAUUGAUUGUUUAAUUAAAAAUUACCACGUCUACAUGUAUGUGGAAUUACUCCAACAUAUAAUAGUGGAAGUGCCACCACUACUAGACGAAUCAGAUCUGCAUAUAGCGCAGUACACUUUGGUGAUUUUAAAGUCAAUUGCGGAACAUCACCCUCUAGCUUUGCAAGACCUUCCAACAAACAUAUUCCCCCAAAUUUUGGUUUUGGUGAAAUCACCACUUCUACAAGGUUCCGCUUUGAAUUCGAUGUUGGAAUUCUUCAAAACUCUAGUCCAAUGCAACCUUCCUGGAUUGUCCUACAACGAUUUGUUACAAUUUUUGGUUCACCCAAUCAGCAUUAGCCAGGGUGCAGGAGCUGGCGACGCUGUCAUUCAUAAACAGGCCUACUACUCUUUAGCCAAAUGCGUAGCUGCAAUAACUGUGACAAUGCAGCACCAAGCAUUGCAAAUCGUGCCCCAAUUUAUAAAUGAGAUUCGUACUUCACGUCACGACGCCCAGAAAAUCUUCACUUUACUUGUGGUCGGCGAAAUCGGCCGAGAAAUAGAUUUGACUGGAUUUGCCAACUUGGAACAAAUCAUUUCCGAAGCAUUUUUUGCGGUGUCUGAGGAAGUCAAGUCAGCUGCGAGCUACGCUUUAGGUAGCAUUGCUAUCGGGAAUUUGCAGCAAUAUCUUCCGUUUAUUUUAACGGAGGAUGAGAACGAGCCCCGAAGACAAUACUUGUUGCUUCACUCUUUGAAGGAAGUUAUUGCGUGUCUAUCUUCAACACCAGAAGGAAUUCAACAAUUACUACCUUUUGUUCCCGCAAUUUGGGACACUUUAUACCGACAUUGCGAGAGUGAGGAGGAAGGGACAAGAAAUGUUGUUUCGGAAUGUUUGGGCAAACUGACUUUGAUUGAUCCGAAUCAUUUAUUACCGAAAUUGAAAGAAUCACUAGGUUCUGAAUCCUCACUUAUGCGCACGACGAUUGUGACAGCAAUUAAAUUCACGAUUUCUGACCAGCCGGCUUCCAUUGAUGGAUUGUUACGCCAAUGUAUUGGGGAAUUUUUGAAUACUUUGGAGGAUCCCGACUUAAACGUGAGACGAGUUGCCCUUGUAGCUUUCAACUCGGCUGCUCAUAACAAGCCUUCGUUGAUUAGAGAUUUGCUUGAUACGAUUUUGCCCCGUCUGUACCACGAGACCAACAUUAAGCGAGAAUUAAUUCGUGAAGUUGAGAUGGGUCCAUUUAAACACACCGUUGAUGAUGGCUUAGACCUGCGCAAGGCAGCAUUUGAAUGCAUGUAUACUUUGCUUGAUUCUUGCUUGGACAGAAUCGAUAUUUUUGAAUUUAUUAAUCACGUUGAGCUAGGUCUUAAAGAUCAUUACGACAUUAAAAUGCUAACCUAUUUAAUGGUGUCCAGACUAGCUCAAAUAUGCCCCGGCGCCGUUUUACAAAGCUUAGAUAGACUGGUCGAGCCGUUGAAGGCAACUUGUACUAUGAAAGUAAAAGCAAAUUCGGUUAAGCAGGAAUAUGAGAAACAAGAUGAACUUAAGAGAAGUGCUCUGCGAGCUGUUGUUUCUCUUUUAAGCAUUCCUGAUGCAGAUAAAAACCAACACUUGAACGAAUUCGUGACCCACAUCAAGACUUCUCCCGACUUAGCCCAGAUUUUCGACUCUAUUCAGAAAGAUUCCGUUAAUAAUAUUAACGAUUUUUUUUUAAUGGAUCAGAGUUAGAGUUACUAUUUUUUCGACGUUUGUUCAGUUUUUUUGUUUUUAAUUCAUUUUCGUUUUGUUUCAUUUGUUCAUUCGUAUUUUUUCAUAUUUUUUCAAAUGUAUGUAUUACUUGAUCUGAGUUAAUAAAGCUGUGUUUCAACAUAA